AUAAGUUGGCACUCACCCUUUACCUCGUCUUUCCAAAUCUCUGCUAAAUCCGUAAACAAUGCGACCCCCAAGAGGCGGCGGACGCGGUGGGGGUUUUAGGGGAGGCCGAGACGGUGGACGCGGAAGCAGUGGCAGAGGGAGAGGAGGUGGUGGCCGUUUUGGUGGUCGCGGCGGUGGCUUUCGCGACGAGGGCCCACCGGACCAAGUUGUUGAGGUUUCAACGUUCCUUCAUGCAUGUGAGGGUGAUGCAGUCACAAGGCUCACAAACGAGAAGAUCCCCUUUUUCAACGCCCCAAUAUACCUGCAGAACAAGACCCAGAUAGGGAAAGUUGAUGAAAUAUUCGGCCCCAUCAAUGAAUCUUAUUUUUCAAUUAAAAUGAUGGAAGGAAUUGUUGCAACUUCGUAUUCGACUGGGGAUAGAUUCUACAUUGACCCUGCAAAGCUUCUGCCUCUUGCAAGAUUUCUGCCACAGCCGAAGGGACAGCCACAAGCUGCAACUAGAGGUGGUCGUGGUGGAUUCAGAGGUGGUGGUAGAGGUGGAAGCCGUGGGGGUGGUGGCUUUCGUGGAAGGGGUGGUCCAAGGGGUGGCAGAGGUGGCCCUCCUAGAGGUGGUGGCCGAGGUGGUGGCUUCAGAGGCAGAGGAAGAUCAUAAAACAGCCUGUAAUAUUAUUAAUGGACUCAAGAAUCAGAAUUUGAACACGUUUGGAUAUUGGCUUUCGGAUGUUUUUGGAGUAUUUUUAAUCUUUUUCUAGUUGCAAUAGCCUAGAAUCCAUUUA